UUCUCAAUUUUAGUCAUGACAACAUUUGAUAACCAUGAAGAACCUAUGGUUAUCAUUGUUGGUGGUGGCCCUGGUGGUCUUGCUACAUCUGCAUGUCUAAAUAAAUUAUGUAUAUCAAAUCUCAUCCUUGAAAAAGAAGAUUGCUACUCUCCUAUGUGGAAAAAAUAUUCUUAUGAUAGAGUUCAUCUUCAUUUAGCUAAACAAUUUUGUCAACUUCCUUUUAUUCCUUUUCCUUCUUCUUCACCUACUUAUAUACCAAAAAAACAAUUCAUUCAAUACUUGGAUGACUAUGUUACUCAUUUUAAUAUCACCCCUUUUUACAAAAGAAAAGUUGAAUUUGCUAAAUUUGAUGAAUUUACUAAAAAAUGGAAUGUUAAGGUUAGAAAUGGUAAUUCUGAUGAAAUGGAAGAGUAUUUUUGUAAUUUUCUUGUUGUAGCUACUGGUGAAGCUAGUUACCCUUUUACCCCUGAUGUCCCUGGAUUGGCAAGUUUCACUGGAGAUGCUUUUCAUUCUACUCAAUACAAAAAUGGUGAGAAGUAUAAGGGUAAAAAUGUCCUAGUUGUUGGUUGUGGAAAUUCAGGCAUGGAAAUUGCACUUGAUCUUGCUAAUAAUNUGAUGUAUGGAGAUAUAAGCAAGUAUUAUGGGGUGAAAAGGCCAGAAGAAGGACCAUUUGCUUGUAAAAUAAAGUAUGGGAAGUACCCUGUUUUUGAUGUGGGGACUUAUCGAAAGAUCAAGUCCGGUGAAAUUCAGGUGUUACCUGCAAUGAAAAGCAUAAGAGGAAAUAAUGUUGUGUUGGAAAAUGGUAAAAUUCAUCAAUUUGAUGGUAUUGUUUUUGCUACUGGUUUUAAGAGAACUACUCACAAUUGGCUUCAGGGAGAUGAUUAUCUAUUGAAUGAAGAUGGAUUACCAAAGCAAGAAUUUCCACAACAUUGGAAGGGAAAGAAUGGACUCUACUGUGUGGGGCUAUCAAGAAGAGGACUUUGUGGGAUUGCAUUUGAUGCUCAAAACAUAGCCACACAUAUCAACUCUCUGCUCUCUGCAUAAUCAUUUAUUGCUUUUGUUGAGUGAAAGUUUUUAGAGUCGUAGACAUGAAGGGAUGUGAAUGUUGGUUAGUUAAAUUAAAAUAUGAGAUCUAGUUUCUAUGUAAUGUGAGGAUAAACAUUAUUGUUUCUUUACAAUUUACAUAAUAGACUUAUUUUUGUUAGAGUCAAUAUGUAUGUCAACUCUUUUCUUUGGUUACAUACAUAUGUCCCGUGCUUCAUGUUUACCCAAGUAAAACACACCUCUAAUCAAAGUUUC